AAUCCUACCGGUGAUAGCAAAAAAGGCCCAAUCCACUUGCAGGUUUUCCUUCUCUGAGGAUAAAGUUAUGGCUGAAAUGGGUGAUAGAAACGUAAAUAAAAUAACUACUAUUCAGCAAGCAAUAGCAUCUUGUUUUGGAGCUAUAAUUACAUCAUUUUUUGUAGCUCCUCUUGAUGUCGUCAAAAUUCGAUUGCAAGCCCAAAGCAAUCCAUUCUCCAAAGGAAAGUGUUUUGUAUACUCCAAUGGCCUUAUGGAUCAUAUAUGUAUUUGUGAGAAUGGGGACAGCAAAGCCUGGUAUAAAAAACCUGGGCAUUUCAAAGGGACAUUGGAUGCUUUUGUAAAAAUCGUUCAAAUGGAAGGAAUUAAAUCACUGUGGAGUGGACUUGCCCCAACACUAAUAAUGGCACUUCCUACCACUGUAGUUUAUUUUACAUGCUAUGACCAACUGAGUGAAGCUCUGAAGUCUAGACUAGGAAAAGAUGAUGACCACAUUCCAGUUCUUGCAGGCUCCUUAAGUAGAUUCGGCUGCGUGACUCUCGCGAGCCCCCUGGAGCUGCUCCGGACGCGGAUGCGGUCCCGCCCGUUGUCCUACCGGCAGCUCCACCUGUGCGUGCGCAGCGAGGUGGYCCGCCACGGCUGGCUUUCCCUGUGGAGAGGCUGGAGCUCCACCGUGCUCAGGGAUGUGCCUUUCUCAGCAAUAUAUUGGUAUAAUUAUGAACGUUUCAAGAAGAUGAUGUGCAAGAAAGUUGGUGCACAUGAAUCAACAUUCCUUAUUGCUUUCACUUCAGGAGCAGCAUCUGGCUCUAUUGCAGCUGUYAUAACUCUACCAUUUGAUGUAGUGAAAACACAUAGGCAGACUGAACUUUGGGAGAGUGAGACCUUAAAAAUUCCCCAGAGGAGCAGUACGUCGGUGUGGGCAGUUCUGAGGAGAAUUGUCGCUGAAAAUGGAGUCGCUGGAUUAUUUGCUGGUUUGGUGCCACGGCUCGUUAAAGUCGCUCCGGCUUGCGCCAUCAUGAUCAGCACCUACGAAUACGGGAAGACUUUCUUCCGUCACUUAAAUGAGAGAGAGAACCAGCAGCCUUAGUGCUCCAUCCUCUGGCCUUGUGCAGUCCAAGGAGAUGGCGAAAGUUGUGCCAAAUAUCCAGGCAACUGCAGCUACAGUUGGAUUUGGUAACUAAACACAACCUCAUUUCACAACUCUUU